UUAUAACGAAAUACUAUGUCGACACACGCCGCAGAACUUUCGAAUUGUAUCGUGACUCGAGGUAUCGAAAGCAUGCCUGACGAGACACAGCAGAGCAAUCGUACGGAUAUAUUGGAGUGUCUGUCGGUUCUAAUUAACGAAAAUAACACUGGGAAUGACAGAACAGAAGAUCUAAUGUUGGACCAACAACUUUUGGAUGGUGCAACGUUAACAGCUGUAACACUAGCCGAUGGAACCGAAGCAUUCGUUGCAAAUAAUUUCAACGAAAAUGAGGUUCACUCAAAAGGACAAACGACGUUGGAAAUACAAAGCGGAGAUACUAUAUUAUUACGAGAGGUAUCAGAGUUUACAGAAGAUAAACCGUUUCGUUUCGAAUUAGAUCCGGCAGCUUUGGUUCAAGCUCAUAGCUCUACCAUAGAAAAUGUUGAAAACACUUAUCCACGAGUGGAGUUUAUCGAUGGUACUGCUUACAUGGUGACAGGCCACGUUGACGUUAGUAAAGAUUUAUGGGAAAUCGAGAAUGGUAAAUUGAAGAAAAAGGAUUCAAAGAUAUUAUUAAAUAAAUUGUCCACGUCAAGGAUCAGACAUCCUUGUCCAAGGGAAGGAUGUACAAAAGUUUACAGUACGCCUCAUCAUCUCAAGGUGCACGAACGAUCUCAUACUGGUCAACGACCAUACAGAUGUACGCAUCCCAAAUGUAAAAAGAAUUUCUCGACAGGAUAUAGUUUGAAAGCACAUUUGCGUACGCAUACCGGAGAAAAGCCGUACAAGUGUCCAACCGAAGAAUGCGAUAAGAGUUUUAAGACUUCCGGUGAUUUGUUGAAGCACGUUCGGACACAUACCGGGGAACGUCCUUUUUUGUGCCCAUUCGACGGUUGCGGACGCUCUUUUACCACUAGUAACAUUAGAAAGGUUCACGUUAGAACGCAUACCGGCGAACGACCGUACAAGUGUACCCAACCUAAAUGCGGGAAAGCUUUCGCCAGCGCGACAAACUAUAAGAAUCAUAUACGAAUUCAUUCAGGCGAGAAACCUUAUGUCUGUUCUAUCGAAAAUUGUGGAAGGAGAUUUACAGAAUAUUCUAGUCUAUAUAAACAUCAUCUUGUUCACACACAACAACGACCGUUCGAAUGUAAAGUUUGCUUAAGGAGAUACAGGCAAAACAGCACCCUUAUAAUGCAUAAAAGAACGGCUCAUGCGUUAGUUGACCACGAGGACAACGUCGACAACGUUGACAACGUUGACCCGUUCUGCCAAGAAUCUGUUCAAGAGUCUUCUAUUCGGAAUAACGAUAAGCGAAAGACGAACAUUGAACGGGAAAGCGGCGAUAGUCCGCCGUUAAAGAUUACAGAGAAAGACGGACAGAUUCAUAUUUCCAAAGCGGUCGAUGAUGUAAACGAGAACGAAACGCAGAUUCUAUUGGUCGGUGAUCCUUCGCAAAUCGCAGCGUUACAUAAAAUCGAGAUGAACAGUGGAUUCGACGAGGCUGGAAUUGAUACUUCGUUCGAAGAAUUAAACAUAAAAAUCGAAGACAUAGAACUAGGAUGGAAUUGAUAUUGAUAUGCUUUUAAAAAACGCAUUAUAAUCAAACACACUAAACUUUCAGAGGAUAGUUGCUUCACGCGCGACCUACCAUCGUUGCGCGUUCUUUCUUUUUUAUUCUUUUAAAUAUAAUUUUAUAACUAUAUCGGCACAAUUUAAUUACACCAUUGCAGAUUAAGGCUAACUUUAGGUCUAUCAAAUUAUCGAAAUUAAUUUAACCAACAAUUUGUUUCGCUUGUCGAUACAAAGAUAUCAUUAUUCAAUUUUAUUCACUGUUAUGAAAAUAUGUGUCCUGAAGAAACAUUUUUAUAUAAUUACUAUCUAGUAAAUAAAUUAAACAGGAAAUUUUCGAACGGUGUUUUUCAAGGUAUCGUAUCGUAUCGAAUAGUACACUCAUUGGAUAUUUUCGAUCUUUUAUUUUACAUUUUUCUUUGUUUAUUUAUUUAUUUAUUUAUUUAUUUAUUUUAUUUUAUUUUUUUUCAUCCGUAUCGUCAUUAUUACAAUUUAAUAAAAUUCUUCGAAUCUCGAUACUGUUUUUGACCGACGACGUGUCACAAAGGUAACGUAAACGUACAUUUAUUUGAUACGAACAAAUACUUGUAAAUACAUGAAGAAAAAAGCAUGUAAGAAGUUAAAAAUAUAGAGAAAGAAAAAAAGAAAUGUUUUCAAAUAAGAUGUUUUGGAUAUCUGAAAAACAACGAUUCUAUCAGAUUUCUUAACUUAACGAUAUUAUAAGAAAAAAAUGUUUGCGACAAAUGAGAUGAAAUGAGAAUUCGAUUAUAUUUUUUGCGAAGAAAAGGCAAUUUGACGCGUAAAUUAUCCGUAAGAUGCAGUUAUUCUCGACGAGCACGAGAACCCGAGUAGAGAGGAACAUCGAUUGUUAUUAGCAUCAGUUUACUAACCAAAUAACUUUAUUAACGUGUCGAGAUACAAGCUUUGAAAAAUUCAACGAAGGAAAACGUGCUAGUUACGCGCGAACAUUGCAAUGGUCUUUAGUUACAUAUGUGCCUGAUUCGAUAUGUUGUGAAAUUAUUUUAGUCCCCCUGUACCGAAACUUUCACAUUUAUUUCAUUGUUCUACUUUAUUUCUUUUCUUUUCUCUGUAUUUUGACUCGUGUCUGUAGUUUCUCUCUUCAUAAUAAAUUAUGGUAAUUAUUCGUUGACUCGAGCAGAAAAGGAAAAGUAAUCUCUACUUUCAAAUUAUUGUAAAUUAUUUAAGAAAAAGAAUUUCUGCUUUUA